AUGAGUAAUAAUAGUAAAACUCCUUCUUCAUCUUCAUCUUCAUCUACUACUACUAGUAGUAGUGGUGAAAGAAAACCAAAAUCAGAUAGACAACAUCAUCGUUAUGUAAAGAAAUCAUCAUCAGCAGAAAAGACGACUACUACAUCAUCAACCACUUCGACCUCUUCUUCUUCUACUGAAAAGACAAAGUCAAAUUCAAGGUCAAAGAAUCAUCAUCAUAGUAAACAAUCUCAACAACCAACAACAACUACAACAACACAAGUAGAACAAUUUAAUAAUGAAGAACUAUCAUCUUCAUCAUCAUCAUUACAAGAUGAUUCAUCGUAUCAAGAAGAUCAAUCAUCAUCUAUAGAUUUACCACCAAGUGGUAGAGUAUGUGUUAUUGGUGUAAUUGGAGAUUCAAGUCAAGGUAAAUUUAUGUUUCUAAACAAGUUGGUAAAUCAAUCUGUAUUUCACAAGGUAGCCAGUCCAUCAACAAAUGAUGACAAUGUCAAUUUAUCAGAAGAACCAAUUAAAUUGGAAAUAUAUCAUGAUGAAUCAAAAGAAAAUGUAUAUAUCAAUCUAAAUUCAAUAAGAGAUACUAGAUUACUUUCAAUGGCUUGUCAAGAAUUGUCAACUUUAAAUAACUCUACUUCAAAUGAUAUUGAAAAAUUCUUUGAUGAUGCAGAUUAUCUCUAUUUAAAAUAUUUAUUAUUUUUAUUUAAUACUUGUAAUAUUAUAUUUCUUGUAUUUGAAAGUUUAACUAUAAAAUUAGAUUAUUUUAAUAUAUUUAAAACUUUAAAACAUAUGAAACAAAUGACAAUGCCAUCGAUUAAUAAUAUAUUGACAAAACACAACAUUCCCAAUGAUAUUACACCAUUUUUACAACCUGGUAGAUGUAUACCAAUCCUUCAAGUAUUUCUUGUAAAAGAUCUCACUGACAAUUACUCUAGAGAGUAUCAUCUAAAAUUGGAAGAGAAUCUAAAGAAACAAAUAAUAACAUUAUUGAAAAAUAAUAGUCUGUUUACUUCAUUUUCUCAUCAUGUCAAUACUUUUAAAAAGGAUCAAGGAGGAUCCUCCUCUCUAUCAUCUAGUUCUCUAUUUUUGAUAGAAAUGAAUAGACCAUUGGUUAGAUUGAUUAGAUUAUAUCAAAUAUAUAAUCAACCCACAUCAAAUCAAUUGAUUGAUGAAAAGGGUAAAUCUUUAUCUAUUCAAAAACAUUUUAGAUUUUAUACUCAAUUAAUGUCUGUCUAUGAAUCUGGAUAUCAUAAUAUACCAACAGCAUGUAUAAAUAGUUUUAAAUAUUCAAUUAAUAAUCAUAAAUAUAAAUUGGCAGAAUAUUCAUUAUGGGAAAAGAUUACAACUUCAUUACUUGGUGGUCUUUUUGAGCAAAAAGAAUCAGUUUUAAAUAAUUUAAAAAAUUAUAUUUCAAUUGAUCUUUAUUUUUCUUCAAAAAUUUGUCAAUCAUAUUUUAAAUUGGCAAUUGAAAAUUAUUUAGAAGGAUUACCACCAAUUUAUGGAUCAAAGAUACAUCAAUCAAAGUUACAAAAAUCAAUUCAAUAUCUAACAUUAAAUUCAAAUGGUCCAGCAAUCGAUCAAUAUACAAAUAAUCUUAGAAUAGAAUGUGAAUCUAUUUGGAAAAAGGGUAGAAAGCUAUGUGAGGCUGAAAGUGUGACUGGUAGAGUAUGUACUUUGAAAACUCAUCAUCUACCAAGUUUGGGUAGUAGUGGAGUGGCCAAAGAAUAUUCUUCAAGAGGUAGCAAUACAGAUAUUGAAACAAGACCACAUUCAUCAGGUUACAGAUCAUUGGCUACAUGUAAUUGUGGAAAAACUAUAAAGUUGAGAGAGGAUGUAUUUGACAUUGAAAUUGCAAAUUCUACCUUUUUUCAACAGGAAUGUUGUAAUCAACAAUGUACUUUGGUAGAUCAUUCACAAACCCUACUAAGUUAUCAUUCACCAAUUACCUAUCAACAUAAAUCCUACAGUCCAACAUUUUCUUGGUUUGCUCUACUUAAAUUUGCAAGUAGUGGAUUAAAGAAUUUAAACAAUAGUCAAGAAAAUUUCAGUAUACCAAAUGAUGGUUAUUUUGUAAAUAAUGAAUCUAUCCUUCAAGAUUGGGAAAUGAAAAGAAUUUUCGCAAUUUGGAAUAAUACAUCAUCCAGUCCAAAUAUUAAUUUACAAAAAUAUGAAACAGGUAAAUUAGCAUUUGAAUAUCAAUGUCCAUUAGGACAUAGAUUUUAUGAAAAGAGAAGAUCAAGGAAAUUUUUUAUUGAAAAUAGUUCAUCGUCUGAUCUAUCAAUAUUUUAUCAAAAACAAUUGUUGGAAACAUGUACACACAAUGAAUGUGAAUAUAUGGCACAGUUGAUGAGAGUGGUUAUGAUACCAACGGUUGAUCUAUCGGUUCGACCAGUCAUUGAAAUCAAACACAAUGACAAGGUAUCUAGUAAAUGGGAAUUUAGUUUGGAAUCUGAAUGUCAACUACAAAAUAGACAAUCUUAUUUACUGCGAUUACCUUAUAUUUAUUUAUUUGAAAAUAUAAACCUACUUCGUAAUCAACAAUUACAAUCUCAACAACAACAACAACAACAACAAUCACAACAAAAUUCUUCACAACAACAACCUUCAUCUUUACUUUAUUUAUAUUUUCAUUUAAAAAAUAUAAAUCAAAAUGAUCAAAGCUUUGAAUAA